AUGUACGGCAGGAUGAGGAGAUUGUUGUUUUCACCAGGUAAAGUUUUCAUUGACAGUUGCAGUUUGUUAUUGCAGAGAUGCAUGAAGACGAAGGCACUGAAUCCGUGCAAGCAAGUCCACGCGUUGAUGGUGACGAAGCAGGUCGACAUGGAUUGCUUGUCGAUGAGCUCGAGGCUGAUAGCGGCAUACGCCUGUUGCAGAGAUUUGAAUUCUUCGAAGCUACUACUGCAAGGAACUCCAAACCCUAACGCAUUCGCCUUCAAUUGGAUGAUUAUGGCGUUGGUUGAGUUAGGGUUUCUUGAAGAGGCUGUUCGGUACUUUUCGUUGUUACAAGAAUCGAGGAGCAGCAGCGCGUACCCAAACAGGUACACUUUUUCUGUGAUCUUGAAAGCUUGCGUCGGUUUGAUGGAUUUGGAUUUGGGGAGACAAGUUCAUGGCCUGAUUUACAAAAUCGGACUGGAAAAGGUUGCGUUGGUGUGCAAUGGGUUGAUCGAUAUGUAUAGAUUGUGUGGGGAGAUAUUCUGUGCAGGUAAAGUGUUCGACGAAAUGCCUGAACGGGAUAUUGCUUCAUGGACUACGAUGAUCUGUGGGUAUGCUGAUUCAGGAAACAUCCGAGAGGCUGUUGCCCUGUUUAAAAGAAUGAGGUUGGCCGGCGUCGAGCCAAAUGAGUUUACGUGGAGCGCGAUCAUCGCCGGUCACUCGAGGAUCGGGGAUUGUGAUGGUGCAUUCACUUUGUUUUCUCAGAUGGACAAAGAUGGAUUAGUCCCUGAUUUGGUUACAUGGAAUGCAAUGCUUUCUGGUUUUGUGCAAAACCAGAGGGGUGUUGAAGCUUUAGAAUUGUUUCGACGUAUGUUAAUGUCCGGGAUCAAGCCUAAUCAAGUGACCGUUACAGUGGUGCUCCCGGCGUGCAAUAUGGCUGGUGCGAUUGUUCGCGGGAGAGAAAUCCAUGGAGCGAUUUACAGAACGGGUCUCGAAAUCAAUGCCUUUGUUGUCACUGCACUUGUUGACAUGUACUCGAAAAGUGGGAGGGUAAAAGAUGCAUCGACAGUUUUCAGCUCCAUUUGUGAUAAGAAUGCAGCAUCUUGGAAUGCUAUGAUCGGAUGCUAUGGAAGGCACGGGAUGGUAGAUUGCGCAUUCGAGCUUUUCGAGAGGAUGCUGAGUGAAGGACUACAGCCGAAUGAAGUUACACUAACUUCUGUUCUGUACGCUUUUAGCCAUGGCGGUCUAGUGCAGAAGGGCCUCGAAAUAUUUAGGUCUAUGGAUUUGUUUGGGGUCGAACCAAGUAAAGAACAUUACUCUUGUUUGAUUGAUCUUCUGUGCCGGGUUGGGAAACUGGACGAGGCAUACGAUUACAUUAAGGAGAUUGGUGUGAAAGCCACAGAUUCGAUCAUCGGAGCCUUCCUCAAUGGCUGCAAGAUCCAUGAAAGGCAUGAUCUUGCUGAAAAGAUCUCUGAACAUUACAAGAUGGAACCGAAGACGCCUGGGGAUUUUGUGACACUCUCAAACAUAUAUGCCUCCGAGGGCAAGUGGGGAGACGUUCGCGAUGUAAGGGAAGCCAUGAAGGACAAGAAAGUUCGGAAAAACCCGGGUUUUAGCUCAUUCAACUCAGAAUUGUAACUUGCCAUCACAUAUCAAUGAAAGAUUCCAAAUGUUUGCAGUAAAAGAUGAAACUGGAAGCUAUCUUCGACAAUGGCGCUGAAUUUCUCCUUCGGAGCUUCAAUUCGACUCACUCUACAGAGAAAGGCACACAUCCCUUUCCUUCCCAGUCGAAAACCGAAGAAUGUUCAAAACUCCCGACCACGUCGGGGCUGCCCAAUUGC